AUGUACAGUGUUAUGUUGUCCUCCAAAUCUCCAAGAGUUGAACAUACAAAAGUUGAUCCUACCUUUUUAGAACGUGAUCCAGGAUUACGUCGUCAAAUAUGGGAUUAUCCUGUUGACAAACGUGAUGAAGUUCGACGAGCUUACAUCAAAGCGAAAGCAUACCAAAUUCCGCUUUCAGAAUAUCCACUUUCUGGAUCGGAAAAGCAUCCUCGUCGGUUUCAAUCAUCUUGGUUUAAAUUAUUCCCUACCUGGUUAGAGUAUUCUCCUUCAAAGGAUGCUGCAUUUUGCUUACCUUGCUUUCUUUUUGGAGCAAAACCAACGGGGUGUCCCAGAACCAAUGCAUUCACUAGUGAAGGAUUUCGAAGUUGGAAGAAAGUUAAUGAUGGCAAUAAGUGUGCUUUCUUAAAUCAUAUGGGAGGAAAUCCAUGUUCUGCUCAUAACAUUGCUGAGAGAGCAUGUAAGGACUUAAUGAAUCAACCUUGUUAUAUUGAUAUAGUGAUGGAUAGACAAACUUCCGAACAAAUUUCAAAUAACCGAUUGAGAUUGAAGGUCACAAUUGAUGCGGUCCGUUGGCUUACUUAUCAAGCUUGUGCUUUUAGAGGGCAUGAUGAAUCCCUUCAAUCAAGUAAUCGAGGCAAUUUCAUUGAAAUGGUAAAGGCUUUUGCGUCAUAUAAUGAUGAUGUCGCUAAAAUUGUUCUUGAAAAUGCUCCAAAGAAUGCCAAGUAUACCUCACCACAAAUUCAAAAGGAGAUUUUGCAUAUUCUUUCUAUAAAAGUGAGAAAUAAGAUUCGUGAAGAUAUCGGCGAUGCCAAGGUUUGUAUUCUUGUUGAUGAAGCUCGUGAUGAAUCUAAAAAAGAGCAAAUGGCUCUUGUUUUAAGAUACGUUGAUAAGGAUGGUUUUUUACAAGAACGUUUGUUUGAUCUUGUGCAUGUCAAAGAUACAACUUCAUUGAAUUUAAAAAAGGAUCUUUGUGCGGUUCUUUCUCUCUAUAAUCUUGAUGUUCACAAUCUCUGA